AUGGGUACCAAGGAUGCGGCAGCUUUGCUUGCCAUGCUCUGCUCCUUGCUUCUUCUCUCGUUGAGCUGCGGGUGCCUGGCGGCAGAGUCGGAGGGGGCUCAGACGGCACUGCUGGAGGUCGAUACGUCAUGGAAGGCCGCCAGAAAGAUCCCUCAAACCCUCUUUGGCUUGUUCUUUGAGGAAAUCAACCACGCUGGAGCUGGUGGAUUGUGGGCGGAGCUUGUCAGUAACAGAGGUUUUGAAGCUGGAGGGCCUUACACUCCUUCAAAUAUAGAUCCAUGGUCCAUCAUUGGUGACGAAUCCUCUAUAUACGUGAAGACUGAAAGAGCAUCUUGUUUCAGCAGAAAUAUCAUUGCUCUAAGGAUGGAAGUUCUUUGUGCCAAGUGUCCAGCUGGCGGUGUUGGUAUUUACAACCCAGGAUUCUGGGGCAUGAACAUCGAAGAGGGGAAGAGCUAUAAUCUGGUAAUGUAUAUCAGAUCACUAGAAUCUGUGGAGUUGACUGCUUCACUCACAUGUUCAGAUGGACUGCAAAAUAUAGCAGCAGCUGUCAUAGUAGAUACAAAUGUGUCAGAUUGGAGAAAGAUAGAGAUGCAAUUAUUAGCUAAAGGAACGUGCAGAACUUCAAGACUUGAGUUAACAACUUCCAAAAGGGGAGUCAUAUGGAUCGAUCAAGUGUCGCUCAUACCUUCAGAGACAUACAAGGGCCAUGGCUUUCGCAAGGAACUCAUACACAUGCUUAUGGAUUUAAAACCACGGUUCCUACGAUUUCCUGGUGGUACCUUUGUUGAAGGCAAAUUGUUAAGAAAUGCUUUCAGAUGGAGGGAAACUAUCGGUCCAUGGGAAGAGAGGCCUGGGCACUAUGGAGACGUUUGGAAUUACUGGACAGAUGAUGGUCUUGGGUAUUAUGAGCUUCUCCAGCUUGCGGAAGACCUCGGUGCCGAGCCAAUCUGGGUUUUUAAUGCUGGGAUCAGCCGGAAUGAUCAAGUUGAUACCACUGCCCUCGCACCUUUUGUAAAGGAUGUAUUGGACAGCCUUGAGUUCGCUAGGGGAAGUGCAAAAUCGACAUGGGGAUCCGUUAGAGCUGCAAUGGGGCAUCCUGAACAAUUUCCGCUGAAGUAUGUCGCGGUUGGGAAUGAAGAUUGUGACAACACCAAACCAUUUUACCAGGGACAUUACCUCAAGUUCUACAAUGCCAUACGAGAGGCCUAUCCAGAUAUUCAAAUUAUUUCAAACUGCGAUGGCUCAUCUGAGCCACUUGACCAUCCUGUGGAUUUAUAUGAUUUCCAUAUAUAUACCAAUGCCAAUGAUCUUUUUCUCAAGAAAGAUAAGUUUAGCAGGACAUCACGUACUGGGCCUAAGGUAUUCGUUAGUGAGUAUGCUGUUACUGAUGAAGGGGAUGCCGGCAAGGGAAGCCUUCUAGCUUCAUUGGCAGAGGCUGCAUUUCUAAUUGGAUUAGAGAAUAAUAGGCAAUGCCUCCUUCUUUUUUUGAGGUUUUGGGGAACAUCACUAAUGCAAAGGGUUGUCUUUCUAUCUGAUAUCGUCCACAUGGCAUGUUAUGCUCCACUCUUCGUAAAUGAAAACGACCGCCAAUGGAACCCAGAUGCGAUAGUCUUGAACUCCUGGCAACAGUAUGGGACUCCUAGUUACUGGAUGCAGACAUUUUUCGGCGAAUCAAGUGGUGCUGUGAUCCAUCCAGUGAGACUCAAUUCCAGCUACUCUGGUUCAUUGGCAGCAUCUGCAAUUACCUGGCAAGACAAUGAGGAUAUCUUCCUGAGGAUAAAGAUUGUGAACUUUGGGCCGAACGCUGUGAACCUCACAUUAUCUGCAACCGGACUGGAAGCUGGUGUCAAUACGUCAAGAUCAGCUGUCACCGUUCUCACAUCCAACGAUACGUUGGAUGAGAACUCGUUCGAUGACCCACUUAAGGUUAAGCCGGUAAAAAGUGGUCUACCCAGUGCUGCAGAAGAGAUGCAGGCCAUGCUGGUUCCUCACUCUUUCACUUCAUUUGAUCUGGCUCUGGAUGAGUACGGCGAGCUCGUAGCUGACAUGUGA